GCCAGUCAGAAGGCCGCGCGCGGGCUAAGGCUGGGCGAGCGCUGGGGCAGCGAGUGGACGUGGCCCGUUGGGCGCCUGGAUCGUUCUCUGAGGCGGGAUGGGGUAGCCGGGAGGGUCACCCCAAUGGGGAGAGGACGAGGAGGGAUAGUGCGUGCCGUUCCGCCCUUGGCGCGGUGCUCCCGGGGCCGCCGGAGAAACCUCUGGGAUGCCCUUUUGUGGCCCUCGCUGGGUUGGGGGUGAGGUUGCUGAGGAGGAAAGUGUGGGGAGCCCAGGAGAAGUCGCGUUAUGGGGGUGGCUUUCCUGGAAGGGGGAAAGCGGCCUCCGGUUCUCCCUCCAAGCUGACACGGCUGUGCCCAGUAUGGGACUCGUCACCCUGCGUGUGGCUGCCUACCACUGCCCAACGAGGUUCCCAGUUGAGGUCUGAAUAGAGGAUUGGCACUACAAAAACAAUGGAGCAGUACACAGCAAACAGCAAUAGUUCAACAGAACAGAUCGUGGUGCAGGCUGGACAAAUUCAGCAACAGCAGCAGGGCGGUGUCACUGCUGUCCAGUUGCAGACUGAGGCCCAGGUGGCAUCUGCCUCAGGCCAGCAAGUCCAGACCCUCCAGGUAGUCCAGGGCCAGCCACUGAUGGUACAAGUGAGUGGAGGCCAACUGAUCACAUCAACUGGUCAGCCAAUCAUGGUACAGGCUGUACCUGGGAGUCAAGGUCAGACCAUUAUGCAAGUUCCAGUUUCAGGAUCACAAGGACUUCAGCAGAUUCAGUUGGUCCAGCCUGGUCAGAUUCAGAUUCAGGGUGGUCAAGCAGUGCAAGUUCAGGGUCAGCAGGGCCAGACUCAGCAAAUCAUCAUCCAGCAGCCACAGACAGCAGUUACUGCUGGCCAGACACAGACACAGCCACAAAUUGCGGUUCAGGGACAACAAGUAGCCCAGACGGCAGAGGGACAGACAAUUGUCUAUCAACCCGUUAAUGCUGAUGGAACAAUUCUUCAACAAGUUACAGUCCCUGUUACAGGCAUGAUCACCAUCCCAGCAGCCAGUUUGGCUGGAGCACAAAUAGUUCAGACUGGCGCCAACACCAAUACAACCAACAGUGGACAAGGAACUGUAACUGUGACGCUGCCUGUUGCUGGAAAUGUGGUUAAUUCAGGUGGAAUGGUCAUGAUGGUACCUGGUGCUGGAUCAGUGCCAGCCAUCCAGAGAAUACCUUUGCCUGGAGCUGAGAUGCUUGAAGAGGAGCCGUUGUACGUGAAUGCGAAACAGUACCAUCGGAUUUUGAAGAGGAGGCAAGCAAGAGCUAAGCUGGAAGCCGAAGGGAAAAUUCCAAAAGAGAGGAGGAAAUACCUGCAUGAGUCCCGACAUCGUCAUGCCAUGGCAAGGAAGCGGGGGGAAGGUGGACGGUUUUUUUCACCGAAAGAAAAGGAUAGCCCCCACAUGCAGGCUUAUGUUUAAGCCUGCAUUGCUUACCGAGAUUGAGAGUGAAGGAGGAUUGGAGGAGGCUCGUCUCUGAAAGAUGGGAGACGAACUACAGUAGCAAGACUGAGGGGCUGCAUAAAAAUAAGGUGCCUGGAAGUUGACUGUUAAGUUUUUAAGAGGGAUCUCAUGGCAUCAGAACAGGUGUCAUGAUGUUUGGAGGUGGCUCUCCCUAGUUAAAAAAAAGUAGAAAUCAUUCGUCACUUGAUUAGAAAUAGCUUGGAUAUGGGCACCUUCACAAGGCCCCUUUUUCAUGACAUAAAAAGAUAACAAUUCAGGAGAGUGGAUUUGAGAGAAAAUAAUUGGUACUAGUAAAUCAGCAGAGAUUGCUUAUCCAGUGGACUAGAACAGUGCAGCUUUCAGAUUGGCUAACUUAAUUCCAGCCAAUGAAAUGUUAAGACAACUGAUACGCAAAUGGCAAACUCUAGAAUGAGUUUGGUGAAAACAACGUAAAGUGAGAUGUGGAGCAGAGUUUAAGCUAUUUAUCACCAUGCUUUUACAUGGUGUUCCAGUGCUCUAACAUAAGUUAUUGUAAGCAAAGAUGUGCGCUUUUUUUGUAUCAACUGCACUUAUCCUUUUAAGCCUUUGUGCAGGUUCCAUGUUUCUAAACCUUUUUGUUUUUAAUCUCCAGUAGUCUUUCUGUUUGCUUCUCUGCAUUUGCCAGCAUCCUGGGUGCCUUUGAUUACCAUUGUAGUUUUCUUCAACAGGCUAGUGUUUCUUUUCACUGGUUUUACAAUAAAAUAUCCAGUCUUAGUGAAGAAACAGUGAAUACUUUUUUAAUACUGUUUUUCAGUUGUAAAUAUAUAAAGCAUUGGUACGUUCUGAGAUACUGAUAGACAUGGUGAGGAGGAAACACUGUAUAGUCUGAAUUGAAGAUGUUUCUCCAUGUGUUUCCCUUUUCAGUUAUCAGUUUUAUCACUGCAGACUGGGAUGUUAAGGGAAUCAAGGUUCUCCUAAUUCUUUGUGUGUGUAAAAUCAUAAUAUGACAUUUGCAUCGUUAAAAGACCAAGCCAUCGCUACCCCUUUCAACCUAAAAACAAAAAAUGCUCUUUGAUACCUAAAUGUAGAUGGUGCAGACACCUUUUUAAUUUUUGGUCUGUAGUUAGGUUUUUCUGCAAUGGUGUAAAAUGUCCUGAUAGGAUCUAUUAUACCAAUGGCUUAGACUUCAUGUGUGUAGGUCAAACUUAUUUCAAAAUAUUUGUUAAUAUUAGGAGUCUCAGACUGCAACGUGUUGCAAAAUGUUCUGUUCCUGGAUAAAAAAACUAAAAGCAGAAGUAAUGCCAAGUGCAAACUCUUAAUUGGAAAUUAAAAAUCAGGCUAUUAAAUACUUAAUUGGGGAUAGACUUAAGGGAUAAAGCUGGUUUUGAAGAAAAUCUAAAUUCUUCUAUUGACCUAUAAAACACUGGAACAUUGAGCCCAUUUAAAGCGGUUUGAUACUUAAGGGUUGGCGUAGAAACCCCCAAGGCUAAACUUCUUCAAAUAUUUUGCAUGUAAAAAAAAAUCAAUUUCUUGGGUUGUGAAUGGGGAUUGGAGUAUUGAUAUUUGUGAAACUGUAAGGCAAAGUUUGUACAUAGUUCAAAAGUUUAUAAUUUUUUAUGCUGCAUUUUGAAGUGUAUUUUGUCUUUAAUAGAUACAACUGUAAGUACUGUGUACACUAUUCAGCCAAUAAAAUGUUUAUAAAAUAU